GAAAAAGCACGCAAGCAAAGCCAAUAAAAUUCCCAUCCACAAACUAAAGAAAGCUCAACCCCAUCAUCCACACCUAUGGCUACUUCACUCUCUCUCUCAAACUUCCUCUCCUUCCUCUUACCUUCCAAUCCUCCUCCACCAUCACCCAAAGCAGCUCCUCUCAACAACCUUUCCCUUUCUUCCCAGAAACCCAAAAACACUCUCCUUUCGGUUUCAGCCCAAGAGGAUCUGUCUUCUUCGUUAUCCACUGAAUUGUCGUCUGUUAUAUGCCCUUCUCUUGCGUAUGCAAAUACCCUUUUCUUUAAAUCUGCUUACAAUGUUCAGGUUAUCGUGGAUGACAAUGAACCCGAAGAAAGGCUGCUUAACAGGUUCAGAAGAGAGGUCAUGAGAGCUGGUGUUAUUCAAGAGUGUAAAAGGAGGAGGUUCUUUGAGAAUAAGCAAGAUGAGAAGAAGCGUAAGUCACGUGAGGCUGCUAAGCGUAAUCGUAGAAGGCGUCCCCAAGCAAGAUCCUCACUACCGAACAAGCAGGAAGUAUCUUCAAAGAAGAGGGAUGAUGAUGAUGAAGAUAACUGGGAAAUGCCAGAUGGAGUCCUUCCGUAUUAACCACAUCUUGCCAUGUCAUUGUCUACUAAUCUUCAUUGUUGCUUUUGGGGCGUUUUGUCUCUUGUAAGUUGCAUUAGGCGCCCUGCAACUUGCCCUGUAAUUUUUUUCACAUAUAUGAAGGAAAGAUUUUCAUUCAUUAAUCGAUUUGAAGGCAGUUUAUGCAUUACCAUGAUUUCCCGGACCUAUAGAAAGGUAAUCAGUGUCAGUUGUAUGUCAAAGUUUGUAUUUAUUUAUGUUUUCCUCUUUCUUUUUCCUCGUUCCAACAUUGAGUUGAAAAAGAGACUGCAAUUUCUUAUUCUAUAGGCAUGGCAGUGUCGACUUCUCCAGCUUCAAACGCGGAGUAAGCAGUUGGAGAAAGAUAUUGGAGCUUGCUGCUUCAUAUCAAGGUGGGUUGGUCAGAAUUUGAAUGACAGGGACUCCGAAAAUCUGUUGAAACAUUGACAGCUAAAAAUCUAUUACCUAAUUUCGUUCCUGAUUAUUUGUAGUAGUGACACCAAAUAUCAUAUUGCAUAAAUCCUUAUCCAGGAAUCUGUAGGAGCGUUUCCAUUUGAGUGUUUUUUGAAGUCU